AUGUUUGUCGCAGCGUCUUCUUUCGCCAGACCGUCGGCGGCCCGGUUGUUGCUGAAUUUUGCACGUCAUGCCUCCAGCGCUGCUGGUAGAUCGAAAAAGCCAAUUCCACGCCCGGGAAUCGAGCGGAUCGGCGUGCCUUUCGACCCCUACGUGCCCAUGAGAAUGUCCCGUCUACCAAGUCCGCUCACGGCACCUAAAUUGUACUUGAAAAGCAUCUGGAACCGUCUGCUGCUCUUUGCAUACAACCAGGUGCAGGUCUACUACUUCAAGAAGUCGAUGGGCAAGAAGUACAAGCCGAACUUUCUCAAAUGGAAAAACGAGGCCAUCGAGACGUUCGUCCGAGUUAACAAGGGAUUCGCCGAGAAAAAGCUACCCUCGAUCCGCACAAACGUGUCCGAGUACGUGUACAGCGCACUGGAGGCCAGAACCAAACGCAUGCCUCCCACGACGACCAUGGGCUGGGAGCUGGUGAAGUUUAACUCGGUACCUAAAUUAAUCAGUGUGCACUCGUUCCCGCACGAGGACGGAGUGCCUCUUCUUGUGCAAAUUGUGUACAAGUUCGACACCAAGCAGCAGCUUGUCGUCAAGAAGGCGGGCCAGGACGUCCAGAAAAACGUCAGAGACUUAACAGAGUAUCUGGCCUUUAAUAUCGACCCAUUCACCGAUAGAAUCGUCCUGGCCGGUUCCGUGUUCGAGUCGCCCGUGUCCAGAGGCGUGGCUCCCAAGGAGGCUGGCGGAAAAGAAGAGAUCAUGGCCCAGAUGAAGGCCCACGGAGAUAUCUACCGCAUUGAACAACCUCAAGAAUAAACUGUAUAUAAAUCACACGAAUCUAGUCCAGGAUACUAGUGGCCUGGGCUGGCACGGUAUCCAGAUCCAAGGUACAUAGACUCUGAUUGUCAUUUGUUAGAUGGAACGUCUCGUCGCCCUCAAUGUCGUCGCCGUCCGAAAGAAGUCCCAAAUUCUCCUCCAUGCCGUGAGAGUCUUGCUCGAUCACGUUCUGGUAAGACGGAAGAUCGUCUUCGUAGUAUGCCAAGGAAGAUCUGGAUGGAACAUGGCUGGCGUUCUCGUAGUCAAACUUUCCGUUGAUGGUGAUUGCGGGACGGCUAAUGAGGUUCUCUUUAGAGACCGAUGGCUUCAAAAGACUACUCAGCUGCCCCCCCGCGCUGGAGGGCUUGAUAUCCUUCUUUGCAAAGAGUUCUUCGUCUUCUGCGUCCGCCGUCUGGAGCAGGCUAUCUAGAUUGUUGAAACUCACGUCGUUCAUGUUGUUCAGGCUGAGCCCGCUCAAACUGCUACCAUUAUGGCCCAUGCUGUAAGACGCAGGAGGAGAGCUGGAGCCGACCGAGAACGGCGACUGCGAAAGCAUCGUGGUAGAAUUGAACGUCGAAAAGUACUGGUUCGGGAUGUUGUAGCCACUCAUCAUCGGAGACGAAGGCUGCAGCACGGCUUCUUCGAAUGUGGGCAGUUCUUCGUCUAUGUCGUUGUUCUGAUCGCAAUCGGCACUAAAAGCAAAGCCGUCAGAGGGUUUUGAGGCAUCGAGCGCGGACGACCUCACGGCAUACUCAUAGCUAGGAAGCUCGACAUUUUCGCGCACGCAAAAGGGCGAGACGAAGACAAUAGGUGUGUCCACAAUCACUUCGUAAUGAUGCAUUUUCGGCUCGCCGUUGUGGUCUGUUUUGCUUUCGUGGGGUUUGCUGAUGCGGAAACAAACUUGCAGUCGAUGCUUGAUAUUCACGUUAUGGAAAUUAGUGUCUGGAUAAAAUGAGAAUUCUUGCAACCGGUCAUCUUCUUUAUUUGACAUUUUUGGAGGAAAGGAUGUCUUUUUGGGAGACAAAAUAGGCGAAAGCAAAGGUGAUUUAGACAGCCAUCCAGAACUCUCUUCUUCCUGUUGAUCGUUUUCGCCCUGCGAGCUCAUAGAAAAAAUGGACACCUCGUCGCCUCCAGGAGGCGGAUCUAUAUCGUUGUCGUUGCCAUCAAAUCCGUUGUGAGUAAGAGCAUCGUGCGUUUCAGAAAUGAGUUUGGUUUCGUCAUUGGCAAUGAAACGCAGCGGACAUUGCAAUUUGACAGGAUUCGUGAUGCUGACUUCUUCCUGUGAAGUCGAAGGCAAAGAGCUGGAACUGGAGUCUUUAGAAGGUUCGAGCAGCUUCGUCAUUCUUUUGGUUCCCAGAUGCAGGUUAUUGAAAGAUCCGGAUCUGCUGCGUCCAUCUGAAUCUGGCACUUUUCCGUUGUUGUAGCAGAAGGUUAGCAGGUUCUCGUUAGCACAGCCCUUGAUAAUCUGGGUGUUCAUGGCAGAGGUGUGGUUUUUCUCCUUGGUUUUGAUCUCCAUUAACGUCACUUUACGCUCUUUGCAUCCGGAGCGGUCCAAUGAGCUCAUCUCGGUCUCGUAUUUAUGAUCCUUUGAGAUGUAGGUGAUUUUUUCCACAAUGUUGAUCUUGAUCCGUUUCAAAGCGAGAUUUUUCACUAAGGGAAUGAGCUUCAUUUGCAAAACAAAAGUCGAAGUUCUCAUGAAAGGGUCGUUGAUGCCAGAUUUGGGAGACAGCUGGAUGAACUUGCGAGGCAGCAAAAUCUCGUAAUUGAGAGAAUCGCUCCAAAUUUUAUUGACAUAAAUCGAUUUGUUCAAAGUUGACGUGGCGUCGGAAGGAGGCAGACGAAUAACCGGAAGCUCGUGGCUGAAAUCGUAAACUGGAUUUGCAGACUUGUGGGAAGCCGAGGUGGUCGAAGAUACGGAUGAAGAUCUGUGGCGGCCGAGUUUCCUUCGAAUGCUCUUUGAGGUGUUGGAGUUCAAGUAGCUACCAACUAUGUC